AAAAUAAUAUGUAUAUAUAUAAGCAAAAUCAUAUGUCGACUCAGAAAAAAUAUCAGAGAGGGAAAAUGGGAGAAGAAAACAAGGUAACUCUACAUGGAAUGUGGCUUAGCCCUUAUGUGAAGAGAGUUGAAUUGGCUCUCAAAGUCAAAGGCAUACCUUUUGAGUAUAUAGAAGAAGAUUUAAGCAACAAAAGUCCAUUGAUCCUCAAAUACAACCCAAUUCAUAAGAAAGUCCCUAUACUUGUUCACAAUGGAAAGCCAGUAAACGAGUCAUUUGUCAUCGUUGAAUACAUAGACGAAACAUGGAAGAAUGGACCUCAACUCUUGCCAGAAGAUCCUUAUGAAAGAUCCAAAGUCCGGUUCUGGGCUGCUUAUAUUCAACAGGUGAUGGAGUGCAUGCUCAAUAUAUUCACUGCAGAAGACCAAAAAAAGGCGUGUAAGGAAUUUCAUCAGAAAUUUAGCGUGCUUGAAGAUGGAUUGAAGACUUUUUUUCCCGAGGGCAAUCCUAAAAUUGAAAACAGAAACAUAGGGCUCGUAGACAUUUGGAUCGUCGUAGCAUUUGGCAUGUGCAAAGCACAGGAAGAAGCAUUUGGAGUGAACUUUCUGGAUCCAGAAAAGGCUCCCCUGAUUCUCUCAUGGGUUAAUAGUCUACUCGAAUUGCCCCUGCUUAAAGAAACUGUUCCUAAUCAUGACAAGACGGUAUCAUUUCUUCGAGUUUUGAAAGAAAGAAGUACUAAUGGUCAAGCUCACUGAGCUUCUAGGCGUUCUGGUGCCAAAAUUUCUCAUGGUUUGAUGUAAUUCUACUGUGUAAUAAGGCAUAUAGCCAUCUGAUUUCAAUAAGCUGUUUUCUUUUGGUUGAAA